UCCCACCUCCCCUCCACGUCCCCGCGUCCCUUGGGGUGCCGGAGCCGGCCCAGAGCCGCCGGCACACCUGGGGCGCUGCGCCGUGCCCGGGCAGGGCUGCCCGCGGCCGGGGGCGAUGGCACCGCGGGGCUCCGGCCCCGCCAGCGCCGUGAUUGGCGCGGCACGGAACGAAUGCCACAGCUGAGCCGGGACAGGCUACCUGAAGGAGCCCGCAUGUCCUCAGGUUUCACUCAUGACCAUCUGACAGCAGCAGCAGCUGCGCUGCCAACUCGCCGAGCCAAAGCGUCCAGGAGUCGAAGGAGAGGGAAAUUCUGGCCCUAAAAGGUCUCUCCUUGGGAUUUCGCACUCUCCACCCAACAGCUGGGCGCGGCUGGCCCGGGAGCAGAAUGAGAGGAUGGCCGGCCUGCCGCACAUCCCGGGCCCCGAGAACCUGCGCCCCUUCACCCCGGCCUCGCUGGCCGCCAUCGAGCAGCGCAUGGCCGAGGCCGAGGCGCUCCGGAUAAAGCGGCAGCAGGUGGAGAUGCCUGAGGAAGAGGAGGUCAAGCCCAGCAGUGACCUGGAAGCCGGCAAGAACUUGCCCCUCAUCUAUGGUGACCCACCCGUGGAGCUGAUCGGGACCCCCCUGGAGGACCUGGACCCUUUCUACAAGGACAAGAAGACGUUCAUAGUCCUUAACAAGGGCAAGUCCAUCUUCCGCUUCUCGGCCACCCCUGCCCUCUACAUGCUGGGGCCCUUCAACCCCAUCCGCAGAGGAGCCAUCAAAGUCCUCAUCCAUUCAUUAUUCAGCAUGUUCAUCAUGAUCACCAUUUUAACUAACUGCGUCUUUAUGACGCUGAGCAACCCCCCGGCAUGGUCCAAGAACGUGGAAUACGCCUUCACUGGGAUCUACACCUUUGAGUCUCUCAUCAAGAUCCUCUCAAGAGGCUUCUGCAUCGAUGACUUCACAUUCCUGCGUGACCCGUGGAAUUGGCUGGACUUCAUGGUCAUCUCCAUGGCCUACAUUACCGAGUUCGUGGACCUGGGGAACAUCUCCGCUCUCAGGACCUUCCGUGUCCUCCGUGCCUUGAAAACGAUCACGGUGAUACCAGGGCUGAAGACGAUUGUGGGGGCUCUGAUCCAGUCGGUGAAGAAGCUCUCGGACGUGAUGAUCCUCACGGUUUUCUGCCUGAGCGUCUUCGCCCUCAUCGGCCUCCAGCUCUUCAUGGGCAACCUCCGGCAGAAGUGUGUGCGCUGGCCUCCCCCCAACAGCACCUUCCUGCAGGAUCUGGGGCUGGACAAUGACACUUCGGCCAACUCCACCUUCUACGACUUCAUGGAUGACUUCACCGGGAACUUCACGGGGAACUUCACGGGGAACUUCACCGGGAACGACACCUUUGACUUCGAGGCCUACAUCAGCGAUGAAGCCAAUUACUACUUCCUGGAGGGAGCCCUGGAUGCCCUGCUCUGCGGGAACAGCAGCGACGCUGGGAAGUGCCCCAAGGGCUACGAGUGCAUGAAGGCUGGCAGGAACCCCAACUAUGGCUACACCAGCUACGACACCUUCAGCUGGGCCUUCCUGGCCCUCUUCCGCCUCAUGACGCAGGACUUCUGGGAGAACCUCUUCCAGCUGACACUGCGGGCAGCAGGGAAAACCUACAUGAUCUUCUUCGUGGUGGUCAUCUUCCUGGGCUCCUUCUACCUCAUCAACCUCAUCCUGGCCGUGGUGGCCAUGGCCUAUGCUGAGCAGAACGACGCCACCAUGCUGGAGGAGCAGCAGAAGGAGGAGGAAUUCCAACAGCUCAUGGAGCAGCUGAAGAAGCAGCAAGAGGAGCAGGAAAGGCUGUUGCAGGAGCGCUCGUCCAGCAGCGAUUCCCUGCCCAGCAGCGUGGCCGGGAAGGGGCACGACUCCGACGUGAACAGCGACCAGGACAAGGCCAAGGACUGCAAUGGGCAGGUGGUGCCCAAGAUCACCCUGCAGAGAUCCGACACCGUGGUUGAUUUCAACCCCCAUGAGCCGGAGAAGCCAGACCUCAACCACCUCACUGUGGGCAACCAGGAUGGGCCAGGGCUGGAGAAGAGGGUGGGAAGUGCCAUCAGUGUCAUCUCCAAUGCUGUGGAAGAGCUGGAAGAAGCUCACCAGAAAUGUCCACCCUGGUGGUACAAAUUCGCCCACACAUUCCUGGUCUGGAAUUGCUGCCGCCCGUGGGUGAAGCUGAAGGAGUUUGUCAAGCUGGUGGUGAUGGACCCCUUCGUGGACCUCGGCAUCACCAUCUGCAUCGUGCUCAACACUCUCUUCAUGGCCAUGGAGCACUACCCCAUGACGGAGGAGUUUGAGAACGUGCUGAGCGUGGGGAACCUGGUCUUCACAGGGAUCUUCACGGCAGAGAUGGUCCUGAAGCUCAUUGCUCUGGAUCCCUACGAGUAUUUCCAGCAGGGCUGGAACAUCUUUGACAGCUUCAUCGUCACUCUGAGCCUGGUGGAGCUGGGCCUAGCCAACGUGCAGGGGCUCUCCGUGCUCCGCUCCUUCCGCCUGCUGAGGGUUUUCAAGCUGGCCAAGUCCUGGCCCACUCUCAACAUGCUCAUCAAGAUCAUCGGCAACUCCGUGGGUGCCCUGGGCAACCUCACGCUGGUUCUGGCCAUCAUCGUCUUCAUCUUCGCCGUGGUGGGGAUGCAGCUCUUUGGCAAGAGCUACAUCGAGUGCGUGUGCAAGAUCUCUGUGGACUGCACCCUGCCCCGCUGGCACAUGAACGACUUCUUCCACUCCUUCCUCAUUGUUUUCCGCAUCCUCUGCGGGGAGUGGAUCGAGACCAUGUGGGACUGCAUGGAGGUGGCGGGCCAGACCAUGUGCCUCAUCGUCUUCAUGAUGGUCAUGGUCAUCGGCAACCUCGUGGUGCUGAACCUGUUCCUGGCUCUGCUGCUGAGCUCCUUCAGCGCCGACAGCCUGGCGGCGUCGGACGAUGACGGGGAGCUGAACAACCUGCAGAUCGCCAUCGGCCGCAUCACGCGCGGCAUUGCCCUCGCCAAGGCCACGCUGCUGGCGCUGCUGCGCCGCCUCUGGAAGGGCAAGAAGGUGGCACCGGAGGAAGAGCAGGACCCCAGCAAGAGGGACAACUCCGUGCUCAACCACGUGGACACGGCCCUGGAGCCCAAGUCAGGGUACCUGGAUGGCAUCACGGGCAAGGAGCACAUCUUCAUGGAUGAGCUGGACCACAUGAACUUCAUCAACAACCCCAACCUGACGGUGCAGGUCCCCAUCGCCUCUGAGGAGUCCGACCUCUACGAGGAGACCAGCACCCAGUCUGACACCGAGGACACCACCAAGAACCCCCUGUGCAGCGACAACGCCUCGUCCGUGUGCAGCACGGUGGAUUACAAACCCCCCGCGCCCGAGGAGGAGGAGGUGGCAGAGGAGGCUGAGGAGGGCAACGAGCCCGAGGAGUGUUUCACUGAAGGCUGUGUGAAGAAGUUCCCCUGCCUCUACGUGGACAUCACCAGUGAGAAGGGGAAGACUUGGUGGAACCUCAGGAAAACCUGCUUCCGCAUCGUGGAGCACGACUGGUUCGAGACCUUCAUCGUCUUCAUGAUCCUCCUCAGCAGUGGGGCUCUGGCUUUCGAGGACAUCUACAUCGAGCAGCGCAAGGUGAUCCGCACCAUCCUGGAAUACGCAGACAAGGUCUUCUCCUACAUCUUCGUCAUCGAGAUGCUGCUCAAGUGGGUGGCCUAUGGCUUCAAGGUGUACUUCACCAAUGCCUGGUGCUGGCUGGAUUUCCUCAUCGUGGAUGUGUCCCUGGUCAGCCUGACAGCAAACUGGCUGGGAUACUCUGAGCUGGGAGCCAUCAAAUCCCUGCGGACACUGAGGGCUCUGCGACCCCUGCGUGCUCUGUCCCGCUUUGAGGGCAUGAGGGUGGUGGUGAACGCCCUGGUGGGUGCAAUCCCCUCCAUCAUGAACGUCCUGCUUGUCUGCCUCAUCUUCUGGCUGAUCUUCAGCAUCAUGGGGGUGAACCUGUUCGCAGGCAAGUACUACAGGUGUGUCAACACCACCACCGGGGAGCUCUUCGACAUCGACGUGGUCAACAACAAGAGCGACUGCAUGGCCCUGCUCCACACCAACGAGGUCAGAUGGGUCAACGUCAAGGUCAACUUCGACAACGUGGGCUUGGGAUACCUGUCCCUGCUGCAGGUGGCAACCUUCAAAGGCUGGAUGGACAUCAUGUAUGCAGCCGUGGACUCACGUGAGAUUGAAGAGCAGCCACAGUACGAGAUCAACCUCUACAUGUACAUCUACUUCGUCAUCUUCAUCAUCUUCGGUGCCUUCUUCACCCUGAACCUCUUCAUCGGCGUCAUCAUCGACAACUUCAACCAGCAGAAGAAAAAGUUUGGAGGCAAAGACAUCUUCAUGACAGAAGAGCAGAAGAAAUACUACAACGCCAUGAAGAAGCUGGGCUCCAAGAAACCCCAGAAGCCCAUCCCCAGGCCAGCGAACAAAUUCCAAGGGAAGGUGUUUGACUUUGUUACCAAGCAAGUGUUUGACAUCACCAUUAUGAUCCUGAUUUGCCUGAACAUGGUGACCAUGAUGGUGGAAACAGAUGACCAGAGCGAGCUCAAAACCUCUGUCCUCUACAAGAUAAACCUGGUCUUCAUCGUCAUCUUCACCGGCGAGUGUGUGCUCAAGAUGUUUGCCCUGCGCCACUACUUCUUCACUGUGGGCUGGAACAUCUUUGACUUCGUGGUGGUUAUCCUCUCCAUCCUAGGUAUCGUCCUCUCAGACAUCAUCGAGAAGUACUUUGUGUCCCCCACCCUCUUCAGGGUCAUCCGGCUGGCGAGGAUCGGCCGCGUGCUGCGGCUGAUCCGAGGCGCCAAAGGCAUCCGGACACUCCUCUUUGCCCUGAUGAUGUCCCUGCCCGCCCUGUUCAACAUUGGCCUCCUGCUCUUCCUCGUCAUGUUCAUCUACUCCAUCUUCGGCAUGUCCAACUUCGCCUACGUCAAGAAGGAGUCGGGGAUCGAUGACAUCUUCAAUUUCGAAACCUUCGGGAACAGCAUGAUCUGCCUCUUUCAGAUCACCACGUCAGCAGGGUGGGAUGGGCUCCUCAACCCCAUCCUCAACAGCGGCCCCCCGGACUGCGACCCUGAGCUGGAGAACCCCGGGAGUUCAGUGAAAGGAGACUGUGGGAACCCCGCCAUCGGCAUCUUCUUCUUCUGCAGCUACAUCAUCAUCUCCUUCCUCAUCGUGGUGAACAUGUACAUCGCCAUCAUCCUGGAGAACUUCAGCGUGGCCACAGAGGAGAGCAGCGAGCCCCUCUGUGAAGAUGAUUUUGAAAUGUUUUAUGAAACUUGGGAGAAGUUCGACCCAGAUGCCACCCAGUUCAUCGCCUACAGCACCUUGUCUGACUUUGUGGACACCUUGCAGGAGCCACUCAGAGUUCCCAAACCCAACAAGAUCAAACUCAUCACCAUGGAUCUACCAAUGGUUGCUGGGGACAAAAUCCACUGCCUAGACAUCCUCUUUGCUCUGACUAAGGAAGUGCUGGGAGACUCGGGAGAGAUGGAUGCCCUGAAGGCCACCAUGGAGGAGAAGUUCAUGGCUGCCAACCCCUCGAAGGUUUCCUAUGAACCCAUCACCACCACCCUGAAGAGGAAGCACGAGGAGGUGUGUGCCACCAAGAUCCAGAGGGCUUUCCGGAGGUACCUCCUGAGGCGCUCGGUGAAGCAGGCGUCCUACAUGUACAGGCACAGCCAGGACGAGCUGGGCGAGGACGCACCCGAGAAGGAAGGGCUGAUCGCCACCAAAAUGCAGGAGAUCUAUGGGAACACUGGGACAGAUGUGGACACAGCCCCUGCCCUGGGCCUUGAGCCCAUUCCCAGCUCAGAGAUGCCCCAGGAUGCUCCUGAGGAAGCACAGGCUUGGGUUAAGGAACACGUGGUGAAAGAGUCGCUGGUGUAACACGAGGAGAUUCCACUACUGGCCCAGCCUGAAAAGACUUCAUUUGUAUCUCCUGUUCAAAGCUCUUCCAUGCACAGAUCUCUAGAUCUUAGAUAUUGAGCUAAUUUCAGACAUUUCAAGCAACCACCUUGAAUUUCAAAGCAGGAUCUCCUCCUGAUCCUGGGUUUUACAGCCCACUGCACUUGCAAAGAGUUAAAUUCUUUUUCUUAUGAGAACUCAAAUGUGAAAUCUGUUGUCGGUGAAAGAGAAACAAGUUAGUUUUGAAAUAAUCUCAUCAUGGUAACGAUGGUUUUCAGGCGUGAACAGAAGAGUAUGGUUGUCCUUUCACUUAAAGUAAUUAUUUAUUAAUGUUAUUUCACAAUUAAGAGAUUUUCCUGUAUUUUAUUCUUCCAGAGUGCAGCCAAGCAACCAGUAAAGAUGAGCCAAGUGAAAUAAUAUUAAGAAUAAUUACGGAAAACAGAAGGUUUUGUGAACAAAAAUCUCCAAAGUCUUAAAGUAGCACCUUUCUUUUGAACCUCUGAAUAAGCUUGAUGAUCAUUUUUUGUUACAUACAAGAGAAAGUGCAAUUAUGUCUUAAAAAUUGGUUUGCAAAGCCAAAGCAAAGCAUCUGCAGAUUUGUUCUCAGGGUUAAAUAUCAGGUUUUCAAGGUCUCUGAAUAUGCAUUGAAAGCAGAAAUCAUUCAGGUCUUUGUAGGACGAAUGUAAACACUAUUUAUAGUCAGGUUUUACUCCCUUUUCCCAUUUCCAUCCAGGUUUUGUGGCAGGAAAGCAAUGGGCAAAGGUAGGAUUUGGAAAACAUCCUCCAAGAAUCCCUGGUCCCCGGGACAAAACUCUCCAGGGUUUUUUUUCUAGCCCUGUUGCAAGAGGAACCAUCCCACUGGAGUGCUCUUGGUUGGCAUUCCAAAUGUCCUCUUCGUUAGUGUUAAUUAAUGAGAUGCACCCCCAGGGAUCAGAGCAGAUGUUUGAACGAUGCUUUCUAUGCACUGCCUUAGGGGUGCCCUGAAUCCCACCCAAGCCUCAGAUGGCUGCAUGGAAUAAACAAUCCCAAUGGGGUGUGAAUCCCAAAAUCCUCAGGCAGAGCAUCCUUCCCUAGGCUGGGGCUGCAGAGAGGCCCUGGUGGCACGUUCUGAGUGGGCCAGGCAGGUCCUCACCAGGAAACAUCCAGGCAGAGGAGCGAUUUCCCAGGGGAAAACAGGAUUUGCUGUUCUUCACACAGGUGAGCAAAAGGAAAGUAAAUCAAGGAAAAUGGCCUGGGCACAGCUGUAGCUGCCCCUGGAUCCCUGGAAGUACCCAAGGCCAGGUUGGACAGGGCUUUGAGCACCCUGGCAUAGUGGAAGGUGUCCCUGCCCAUGGCAGGGGGUGGCACUGGAUGAGCUUUGAGGUCCUUCCAACCCAAACCAACCUGUGAUUCUGUGAAAAAUGGAGUUCACCUCUAAUCACCUUCUGCCUUCAAAAGGGAAAAAAACCCUCUUGAGAUAAAAACAAACAUGAACCAAAACCUCUUCCAGUUCAAACAAGGCUGUUCCUGAAGCCAAAGGCUCUGUCUUUUUGUACUCUGAUGAUUCUCUUCUCUUCCCGGGCUGCUUCGGGCGCUGCCAUCACAGGUGCCCCACGGCCAGGCUGGCCAGGAGCGGUGCUGAGCUUGGCUUGGACCCAGGAGCUGCCAGCCAGGUGGCAGAAGCAGGGGACACUCGGCUUGUCCCCUGUGCCUUCAUUUCCAUGCUGAUGCUCCCCGCAGCAGGAGCCCGAGCUGCUGUGGCCGGCGUUUCCGUGGGAAGCAUCCCUGGCAUGGCAGUCCCCGCCCGGACCGUGGUACACAAUCGAUGCUGCUUCUACGUUUGUGUCGUCGGGGAUGGGGAAAUGCCCCAGAGCAGGGUUUGUGUGAGCUAAAGCCGUUUUUCUUUGUACCUUUCUUACAAUAAACAACUGUAAAUGAUCUGGUA